UAACCUUUUUGUUGUUUUUUAGAGAAAAUAUAUAAAUAUUUUUUUGUGGCAAUGAGAACUAUACGUUUUUCUUUAAAGAAACUUAUUACACUUACUAUAGUUAUUGGAUUUAUAGUGUACUUAACUUAUUUCCAUCUCAAACCGUCAUAUCAAUCUAAUGCAGAUAUUUCUCUAUCAAAGCAAAGUUUACUUUCCAGUAAACCAGUUUUUCUUUCAGACAAUAAGUUAGGUAACUUUGAAAAGUAUGAAGAUGUUAAAAGUGGUCCAGGCGAAGGUGGGAAACCCCAUCGGUUAAAACCAGAACAAAAAGAAGAAGAAGAACGACUUAAAGGAGUUUAUGGUUUUAAUCAGCUGGUAUCAGAUGAAAUAUCUUUGGAUAGAGUUGUUCCUGAUAUGCGAGAAGAAGAGUGUAAACAUUGGUCAUAUCCUAAUGAUUUGCCUUCUUCUUCUGUAAUAUUUAUCUUCCAUAAUGAAGGUUGGAGUACUUUGCUGCGAUCUGUCCACAGUGUAAUAAACAGAACACCAGCUCAUUUAUUGCAUGAAAUAGUUUUAGUCGAUGAUAAAUCUGAGUUAGAACAUUUGCAUGAGCGUUUAGAUGAAGAAAUAAAAAAACCUUAUUAUCAAAGCAAAGUUAAGCUGGUGAGGAAUAAACAAAGGGAAGGUUUAAUUCGAGCAAGAAAUAUUGGAGCCAUUGCUGCAACCGGAGAAGUGCUUGUUUUUCUGGAUGCACAUUGCGAAGUUGGUGGUAAUUGGCUUCCUCCACUAAUAGCACCUAUACAAGAAGAUCCUACUACAUUGACUGCUCCUAUUAUUGAUGGAAUUAAUUGGGAUGAUUUUUCCAUUAAUCCUGUCUAUCAAAAAGGUUCUCAUUCACGAGGUAUAUUUGAAUGGGGUAUGCUUUAUAAAGAAACUGAUUUACCCGAAAAAGAGGCUCGUAAACGACUUUAUCAUAGUGAGCCAUACAACUCGCCAACUCAUGCAGGAGGUUUAUUUGCUAUAAAACGAAGUUGGUUUAAAGAGCUAGGAUGGUACGAUCCUGGUCUUCUUAUUUGGGGAGGAGAGAAUUAUGAGUUGUCUUUUAAAUUAUGGCAAUGUGGUGGUCGUUCAUUAUGGGUCCCAUGUUCUCAUGUUUCUCAUGUUUAUCGUGGUCACAGUUGCUCUUCUUGCCAUUCUGGUGAUAUGGGUAGGAAAUGGUCCGGUAUUCCUUUAUCACUUCGCAAUUAUAAAAGACUAAUUGAAGUUUGGUUUGAUGAUAAAUACAAAGAAUUUUUUUAUACCAGAGAGCCCUUAGCGCGUUUCAUAGACACAGGAGACGUUUCUGAACAAAUGGCAUUAAAAAAACGAAUGAAUUGUAAAUCUUUUACAUGGUUUAUGGAAGAAAUAGCUUAUGACGUUUUAAAAAAAUAUCCCGAGCCGCCCCCUAACGCACAUUGGGGUGAAGUUCGUAAUAUAGCGACUAAUUUAUGUAUUGAUACGUUAAACCGAUCGCCGCCUUAUCGUAUUGGUCUCUCGGGGUGUCAUAAAUCAGGUGGAAACCAGUUAUGGAGAUUAAAUACUUUGGGACAGUUAGCUUCUGGUGAAUGGUGUGUUCGUUAUGAAAAAGCAUCAAAUGAAAUUGAAAAUGAACUCUCCAUGGAAUGGUGUCCUUCUGGAACACCAAGUGGUCCUUGGAAAUUUGACGCAAGUUCGGGAUUUUUUACUCAUACUGGUUUGAAUAUGUGUUUGAUUGUGAAUUCACGUACUUUAAAGUUAAAUAUGGCCAGAUGUGACAACAGUAAAGAACACCAUAAAUGGAAAAUUGAAGAAAUUAGACCGCAUUGGAUUGAGGCACAAAAGCAUAUUAAAGAAUAAGGUUUUUUAAUAUUUAUUAGAAAUAACCGCCUGUUUGUAAUUUAUUUAUACUGCGCUUUAUAAUUUUUUUUUUUAAUAUAAUAGAUUUGAGAAUAUAUCUUAGACA